CCAAAUUACUACAUACGAAGAAAAUCUUCAGGAAGAACCCACCAACAUCAAUGGCUACACUAAGCAAAGAGAUCUUGCUUCCACCAUUGGAUGCUACUGGGGUGCAACCUCCUCUUUUUGAUGGAACUACUAGGUUGUAUACCUGUUACACAUGCCCAUAUUGCCAACGUGUUUGGAUCACCAGGAAUUACAAGGGGCUACAAGAGAAGAUCAAGUUGGUUCCUUUAAACCUUCAAAAUAGACCUGCUUGGUACAAGGACGUGUACCCUUCAAACAAGGUGCCAUCAUUGGAACACAAUGGGAAAAUUAUUGGUGAGAGUCUUGAUUUGAUUAAAUAUGUUGAUAGCAACUUUGAAGGGCCCUCACUCUUCCCAGAUGAUCCUGAGAAGAAGAAGUUCGGUGAGGAGUUGUUUUCCUAUAUUGACACAUUUGUUAGAACUGUGUUUUCUUCCUUCAAAGGAGACCCUGCAAAAGAAACUGGUCCUGUCUUUGAUUACUUAGAAAAUGCUCUGCAUAAAUUUGAUGAUGGACCAUUCUUCCUUGGUCAGUUUAGUUUGGUGGACAUAGCUUACAUUACUUUUGUUGAAAGAUUCCAGAUCUUCCUCUCGGAGGUGUUUAAGAUUGACAUCACAGCUGGCAGGCCUAAAUUGGCAGUGUGGAUUGAGGAGCUAAACAAGAUCGAUGCAUACACUCAGACAAAAAUUGAUCCAAAAGAACUAGUGGAAAAUUACAAAAAUCGUUUCCUGGCCCAACAGUGAAAUGCUUCACCUGCCCGAGACAAUUACAGAAUAAGUUAAAAUUCCUUUGGAAUGCAUCUCAUAAUAUUUUCCUUUUUUAGAAUGUUUAUCCAAGUUGUGUUACCUGUGAAUCAUGGAAAUUUACCCAGCACGUUGUUAGCAUUUUGUCCCUUUUUUCACUUUGAUAAAGUCAGUGGACUUACACGAACCGGCUCUUCAGAUCUAAUGAUUUGUCUCAUGAUCUUAAUUUUAAUACUUUUUGGACUUGACUUACAAAUCAUUGGUAUUUUUUUAAUCUAUGGGUUUACCUAUUUCUCAUUUCUCUAUAAUUGUCUUUGUAAAAAAAAAAAGAAAAAAAGUCAGUGGACUUAUUGUAUGUGUCCAAAAGAAUUAGGGUGUUGUGCUGUACUUUGUCUUUAUGGAAUAAUAAUCAUAUUUUCAUUGUACGUAAUUUUUGUAUAAUCUAAAAUAAUUUUGGUAUGCCUAUUGAAAAUGGUUUGUUAACAAUGUUGAAAACAUAUCACAACAUGAUUUGGCCUUGAUGUAAUUUUUAUUGAAACUUUUUACCAUGUGAUGUACCCUCGAUAUGAUUGGGUACGUGAAAUAAUGGAUAAAAUGGUAU